AUGACACCACAUCCGUUUGAUCCGGUGACGCCUGCUGAGCUCAGGUUGGCUGUAAAGGUCCUCGAGAAUGCAUUUCCGGGAGUUCCUCUGCGGUACAAGGUGGUUGACGUGCAGGAGCCGAUCAAGAAGGAUGUUGUGCCCUAUAUCGAGGCGGAGAGACUGUGUGUCUCCCUCCCCAGAAAGCCAGCUCGCCUACUCAUGGCCUUGUUCCAUCGGAUGGACACCAAGAGCUUCAUGAAGGCGUUGAUUAAUAUCGAUACCAGGGCGCUGCUACACGCCAAGGAGCUUCCCAAGGACGUACAGGGCCCGGCCGAUGUAGAUGAACUGAUAGACAUGGAAGAGCGCUGUCUGAAGCAUCCUGCUGUCAAGGCUGAGAUUGAAAAGUUGAACCUCCCUCCAGGUGUCACCGUGUGUACGGAUCCAUGGAUCUACGGAACAGACGACCAAGGCGAAACCCGCCGUCUAUUCCAGUUUUACCUGUACAUUGUCGACACGGAUAAUCUACAACAUAAUCACUACUCGCUACCAUGCACGAUUUCUCCUGUUUUUGACUGCAUGACCAAGGAGCUAGUCCGCAUUGACCGACUGCCGACCGGAGCGGAUCAUUCGACGACUCCCACUCAGCCAUGGAAGCCAGCCAAGGCCGUGCAAUACGCUCAUGAUCUGCUGGAGGAGCCGCUCCGAACGGAUCUCAAGCCGUAUAUUGUGCAGCAGCCCGAGGGGCCGUCGUUCUCACUGGAUGGGAACUUGGUGUAUUGGCAAAAGUGGCGGUUCCGUGUUGGAUUCAACUAUCGUGAAGGGAUGGUGCUUUAUGGGGUUACCUAUGACCGACGCAAUGUCUUCUACCGUCUCGCUGUGAAUGAGAUGACGGUACCUUAUGGAGAUCCUCGAGCGCCAUACCACCGCAAACAGGCCUUCGAUGUUGGAGACGUCGGCUUCGGAAGCACGGCCAACCAGCUAUCACUAGGAUGUGACUGUCUCGGCCACAUCAAGUACUUUGACGGCUACCGGAUUGACUCAAAGGGCAACCCGGUCCUGCUCAAGAAUGUUCUCUGUCUACACGAACAAGACAACGGCAUCCAACAUAAACACACCAACUACCGCUCCCAAGCCGCCACUGUGGUCCGAAACCGCCAACUCGUCCUACAGAUGAUCUGCACGGUUGCCAACUACGAAUACAUCUUUGCCUGGAUAUUCGAUCAAGCGGGAAACAUCGAGCUUGAGGUACGAGCUACAGGCAUACUGUCUACUAUGCCCAUCGACGAAGGAGUGUCGGUCCCCUUCGGCACCAACGUCGCCCCGGGAGUCAUGGCUGCAUAUCAUCAGCAUAUAUUCAACAUGCGCAUCGACCCCGCCAUAGACGGCCAUAACAAUACAGUAAUAUACCAAGACAGCGUUCCCAUGCCAGAUGACCCAGCGACGAACCCUUAUGGUGUAGGAUACGUGCAGGAAACUACCGUCCUAAAACGCUCGACGGCCGCAGACCUAAGUGUACCUGAUGCACGCGUCUUCAAGAUCAGGAACGACAACAUCAUCAACCCCACAUCCGGCAAGCCGGUGGCAUAUAAGCUUCACGCUCUACCUAGUCAGCUCAUGCUCAUGCAUCCACGCAGCUUUAACAGGAAACGAGCACAGUUCGCCACACGGUCUAUCUGGGUGACCAAGUAUCACGACGACGAACUCUACGCAGCCGGCGAGUUCACUAACCAGAGUAGAGCCAGUUCCGGCGUUGAGGAAUGGGUGGCCCGAGAUGAAAACGUCGAGAAUACAGACGUAGUCCUAUGGCAUACCUUCGCACUCACGCAUAACCCACGACCAGAAGACUUCCCCGUGAUGCCCAUGGAGAAGAUAAGCAUCAUGCUUCGACCGGAUGGCUUCUUCGAGAAGAAUCCUGCCCUGGACGUCCCGCAAUCGACGCAGAACGUCAACCGGUCCUCGCUGCAUGUUGAUACUAAGCCGAGCGAGCGCCAGGAGUGUUCAUGCCCAACCUCGAAGCUAUGA